AAGCCUGGGGUUCUCUCCCCCUUUGCUUCUGGCCCUUCUGGUUUGGAUUGAAUAAAAUCAAACCUGUUUUAAAAGAAGCCAGAAGCGUGAAGAACUUGCCACCUCCCCUCCCUCGGCAUCCCACGUGUAGCAGGGGGACACGUUGAUGGUUUCUCAGAAAGCGCCAUGCCAUGGGCCCCCUGAGGUUGGCCUGUUAGUGUUUAGGGGACCCAUUGCCAGUCUCCCCAGGGCACCUGUGCAGGCUCACGGCCAGUGUGGCACCGCCUUUGGGAAAGCCAGUCAUGGCUUCUCCCAGUCCCCAGGGUGGGGUUCUGUGCAGGCAUCCACAGCCCCACCUCACCAUUCCUGGGAGUGGGGGCUUUGCUGGCCAUCUGAGCCCUGUGUCCUGGCAGCUGUGCUGUGUACGGCCCCCUGUCCUCUUGGGGCCCCUGUCUGCCACCCUCUGGCUUCGUGCCUCCCACCCAGCUUACCAGCCCCCCUCAGCCUCCAUUCCCUCUUCCUCAGGUUCCCUUGGGGCUGAGCCUGGGUUUUGCUGACUUUCCUGCCAGAUUUAGACUGGGGGGCAGGGGCAUUUACACUCUCCAUUGAUCUCAUGGCCCAGGCCUGGUCAGACUCAGUGUUCUACGACUGAGCCCUUCUCCCCAGGAAAACAGUCACAGAGCUGGCAGUGCACAAUCACUGGUUACGCUAUGAAAGCCUCUCAAGUGCGAUUUGUAGUAGUGUGACUAAGACAGAAUUCUUGCUAACCUUUUACCCAGACCUCCCAACCAGGAGCACAAGCAUGGCUUUUGGAAUGCGGGAAUCUGUGUUUUCACUCUUUCAGCAUCCUUGGAGUGGCAGUGCUAACAGCUGCUGUCUCGCACCCUUGGUUCUGUGAAGGUGCCUGAAGUUGUAAGCCCCAAAUGGCUGGAAAGAGGUCAUCAGGCAGGUGGCCCCUGCUGCUGGGGCUACUGGUGGCCAUAGCCACUAUCCAUCUGGUCACCUGUCCCUACACCAAAGUGGAGGAGAGCUUCGCCCUGCAGGCCACGCAUGACCUGCUCUACUACCGGCAGGCCCUGGGGCAGUACGACCAUCUCGAGUUCCCUGGGGUCGUCCCCAGGACCUUCCUCGGGCCGGUGGUGAUUGCCACGUUGUCCAGUCCCGCAGUUUACGUGCUUUCGCUGUUGGAGACAUCCAAGUUUUACUCUCAGCUAAUAGCCUCUCUUGCCAGCAACUGACAGGCCGGUCCACGGUGAAGAUGUGUGGUCUGCCAGGUACUGUCCUGGGCACACCUGUCUGUCCCCUCACCGUCACUCUUAAGACCACCAGCCCAGAGGUGGCCCCUGCCGUUGAAUGAGGAGGAGGCUCCUGACACCCUUCCUGCCUGGGAGCCUGUGUUCCAGCCUCCUGACGGCCGCUGGUCAGAGCAAGGUCUGAGCCUGGCUCUCACAAACAUGGCCCCUAGAGGUGUCACAGCCCUGGGGGAAUCUCUGGUCUAGUUUAGGGCUCAGCUCAUGGCACCCCCUGGCACUGUGUCCCCCAUGACACUUCAGAGAGCAGCCCCCCAAGAGCCCUUGUGGCACCAGGCUUGGGCAUCACAGCUCCUGACAGGAGCGCAGGGGGCCUGAGGCCAGAUGUCUGUUUUCCGCACAGAGACAAUGCCCUCAGGUUGCUUUGCCUGACUUGGCUGUCAUCUGGCAUUGUAGCAGCAUAGAAAGAUCCACGUAGGGAGCCACGUAG